GAGUUCACAUCCUGUAAACUGGUUUAAGAGCUGAUUUCUGUCACCGAGCAACAAGAUGGAGGGAAAACUUCUCUUUUUCUUGUCCUUGCUGCGCUGUGCAACAAACCAGGGUCACCUGACUGUGAGUCCCAGCAGAUCUCAGUUCUUUGAAGGAAAGUUUGUGUCUCUGAGCUGCAAGGAGGACAACAGCUCGACUGUAUGGACCCUGAAAAGAAACACAACCAAAGAAACCAGGACUCAGUGUGGAACGGACUGGGGAGAAGCAGCUGGUUCCUCCUGCAGGGUCAGUCACAUCAUCACCCUGGAUACUGGAGUGUACUGGUGUGAGUCCAGAGAGGGAGCAGCCAGCAGCAGCAUCAACCUCACUGUCUCUGGUGGAUCAGUGAUCCUGCAGAGUCCUGUCCUCCCUGUGAUGGAGGGAGAUGACGUCACUCUGAGCUGUCAAACAAAGACUUCCUCCAACCUCCCAGCUGCUUUCAUUAAAGAUGGCUCCCUCAUCAGGACUGAGCCUGCAGGUCACAUGACCCUCCACCAUGUGACCAGCUCUGAUGAAGGUCUCUACAAGUGUAACAUCAGUGGUCAUGGAGAGUCUCCAUCCAGCUGGAUCUCUGUCUCAGGUAAACCCACAGACACAGCUCCACCCACCUCUGGAGCCCAUCCCUUAGCCUUCUUUGUGAUGUGGCACCUGGUGGUGUUCUCUCCAUACUUCCUCUCCACUCUCCUCAUGGUGUCCUUGUAUCGACACAGAGCCACAGCAGCUUCACCGGUCCUGGACGAACAGAGCACAGCUCACCACAUUGAUGAUCUUAUGAGGGUCACCACAGAGCAUUACUUCUGAUCUCAUGUUGGAUCUGACAUGUAAACUCAAACUUUGAAUGUGUAUAAUUGUCUCAAAUCAUUUUUGCCACCUUAUUUUUGUAAAGAAAUGACUUUGUAGAUUAGAGUCGGAUGUAUUGAUUGUGUUGGAGAAAAACUAAAAUUAAAUAUGGUGUGAAUGUCUCCUCCUCUCUUGCA